AUGAAAGUAGAUAAAUUGCGAUCACUGAGAGACUGCCAACGCAAAGUUAUUGAAAUUCAACUUGAGAAAAUUCAACGUGCUAAAGAAAAUUCAUCGAUGUUGGAAUUUCGAACAAUCUUGGAAUCAAUUACGAACAAAGUAAACAAUUUGAAAUCACUGAACGAGAAAAUUUUAGAACAGACAGAAAUAACCGAAAUUGAAGAGGAACUUAUCAGCAGUGAAGAAUUUUCGUUGCAAAUUGAAAUACAACUUAGUCAAUUUCGUGAAUUUGACAAUUUUUCAAACCAGGAGAGAAAUAAUUCGUCAUCUUCAGAUCAACAUCAGACUGUAACUUUUCCGAGCGCUAGCAGUGUACAUUCAGCACAGUAUCAUCGUCUUCCUAAAUUAUCGUUACCUACUUUUGACGGAAAUAUUCUACAGUGGCAAUCGUUUUGGGACUCUUUCAGCACUACUGUUCACACAAAUCCGAACUUGUCAGAUGUGCAGAAAUUUAAUUAUCUACGAUCGCAAGUGGAUGGCGACGCAGCCAUAACUGUUGAGGGAUUUGCACUUACGAACUCCAACUACGUUAAGGCAGCCGAACUUCUACAGGAACAGUAUGGGCAGGCGCAUAAAAUUGUACACGCAUACAUGCAGGCUUUGUUACAACUUCCGUCACCAAACAACACACUCAGCAGUCUGAGAAAUUAUUAUGAUAAACUUUAA